AUGUCACAAUUACCACCACCAUAUUAUAAUGAUGAUAAAAAUUCAUUUGCAUAUGCUACGGUACAUAAGAGAUGGCCCAAAAUAAUAGAAACUGCAAUUAAUGAUAUUCAAUUAACAAUUGAUGAAGAAACUUCUAAUGAUAUAAAAGAAUCAGGUUUAAAAAUUAAAAAUCAAUUAAAACAGUUGCUAGAAGAUUUUAAAAAUGAUUCAAAAGUUAGAGAAUUUAAUGAUAUAGAGUUAAAAGCUAACCCUGAUCUAGAACAUUUUAAUAAAAGUUUAAAGAAAUUGAAUCAACAAAAAUUAGUUACAUGGCAAACUGGUCCUUGGUUAUAUUUAGAAUGUUAUUUAUAUCAAUAUAUUCAUAACUUCUUUAUCCUCACUGAAUCAGAAUAUUGGUCAAAAUUUGAUAUAUUUGAAAGACUCAAGACAAAAACUUUUAAACAAUCAGAAACAGGAGUAUUAGAAUUAUGUAAACGUUAUAAAUCAUUAAAUAAUCAAUUAUCCAAGAUAGAUCAAGAAAGUUUAUAUUUAUUAUUUAAAGAAUUUAUUGAUAUUUCAUUAUGGGGAAAUGCUACAGAUUUAUCAUUAUUAGCUGGUGAUAUAAGUUUAGAUGAAAUUAAAUCUGUUCAAGGUGAAGAAGUUCGUAAAAAAAAUGAAGAAAAAAUUAUUGUUAAUGAUAUAAAACAAGCAUGGGAUUCAAUUACUUUAAUUGAUGAUUCAAAAAGAAUUGAUAUUGUAUUAGAUAAUUCAGGAUUUGAAUUAUUUGCAGAUUUAAUAUUAAGUUUAUUUUUAUUAGAUUCGGGCCUAACUUCAAAAAUUAUUUUACAUUUUAAAGAAAUUCCAUGGUUUGUAAGUGAUUCAAUGAUAAAAGAUUUUUAUGAUUUAAUUAAUCAAUUAAAAGAUUCGCAAUUUUUUCCAGAAAUUUAUAAAAAUGAUUCAGAAUCUAUAACUUUAGUUUUUGAAAAAAUUGAAAAUUAUGUAACUGGUAAACAAAUUAUCAUAGAAUCUAAUCCUUUUUGGACAUUAGAUUAUAAUUAUUGGUAUAUACCAGAAUUUCCAGAACUAUAUAAUGAUUUAAAAAAUUCUAACCUAGUUAUAUUUAAAGGUGAUUUAAAUUAUAGAAAAUUAACUGGUGAUUUACAAUGGCCCAAAACAACAACUUUUAAAGAAUCAAUUCAACAACUUGCAGAAACGGAUUUACCUAUAUUAUCAUUACGUACUUGUAAAGCUGAUGUUGUUGUUGGAUUACCUGAAGGAUUAAAUGAACAAUUAAUUAAAACUUAUGAAGAAUUAGGUAAUGAAGGAAAAUUUUGGAGUUCAAGUGGGAAAUGGGCUGUUAUUUCAUAUAAUAAAUCAUAA